AUGUAAUUGAGAUAAAGCAAAUCAACAAUUAUUUUACAUUCCACUUCUUAAGAUUUAAAAUUCAAGUCCAAAAAAUUCUCAAGAAAUGCAUCACUAAAAAAAGAGAAUUUCAUUGAAUAUUGUUUAAUAAAUAUUGAAUAAGCUAAUAAAACAAGUAAUGUCAAUACUCCUUUACCUCAGCACCCAAAAUAAGCUAAUAGAAUAAAGGGAAGAUUAAAAAAGCAUAUUCCAGAGAUAGAGAUGAAGACUUAGGAUGA